AUGACGACUUUAACGAAUGAACAGUUUGAGAGGCUUUUGCAAGCCGUCAAUAACUCCAACUCACGACCUGGCUCGUUCAGUAAUUGUUCUGCUCGUUUUAGUGGCGAGCGUAGUUGCACAAAAGUAGAGGAAUUCACUGCUGCAAUUUCUACAUUUAAGUCAGUAGAGAAAAUAAACGAUGCAGAUGCGAUUAGCGGUAUGCCUAUGAUCCUUGAGGGUGAUGCAGAAGAAUGGUGGCGCGGGGUAAAAUCAAAAGCCAAAACUUUUGAUGAUAUUGUAUGCAUGCUACGUGAAGCAUUUUCCCCUCCAAGGCCAUCUUGGCGCAUAUAUGUUGAAAUUUUUGAGAAUAAACAGCAAAAAAAUGAGUCGACGGACACUUUUAUUAGGAAGAAACCCGCACAUUUCUCCCAAUUAACUAAUGUGCCAGCCGAAGCUGACCAAAUAGACAUUUUGUUUGGGUUGUUGCAUGUGCAAAUCCGAGAUAGGGUGAACCGUCCGAAGAUCUCUAAUUUUGAAGAGCUGCUAAACGAAGCUCGUGAAGCCGAGCUGUUUUGGCAAGAACGCAAGCAGAAUGCUGCAAAUGAUGGUCAGCAUAGUAGUGUAAGUGCCCAAGCGCGCUGCGGGUACUGUCGUAAGAAAGGUCAUAGCAUGGAUGUAUAUUUCAAAAAGAAAAACGAAGAGGCCAAAGAAGCACACGUUGCGAAUAUAGCACAAGCAGUAGCUCUGAAACCGAAGUUUGCUUGCUACGGAUGUAAUGCUCCAGGGGUGACGCGUGCCAACUGCCUUAAUUGUAGACAAAAACCAACAACAACGUCUGAUGUAGUCCAUUUCAAUUCCUUGUCCACUUCUAUCGGUCGGGACAUUCCGAUUGCAAGUGUGCAACUUUUCGGAGUACCUGGCCAAGCGUAUUUCGAUUCGGGAGCUCGAACGAGUGUGGCUAGCACAAAUUUGAAGCGUAUCAUGGACUCCAAGGGUUACGUAUAUGAAAAUGUAAAGUGUGGUGUUACACUCGCCGACGGCAGCUCGUCGCUGCAGACUUGCCUUUCUACUCUCUGCAAAAUUGUUAUCGGUGGGCGAUGUUUAAACAUCCAAUUUAUUAUUUUACCGAAAGCUACUGGUAACCGAACUCUGAUAGGCGCUGAUUUCAUGGAACAAGCUGGAAUUGUCAUGAACAUGGGCCUGCGUUACUGGUAUUUUGAAACAAAUCCAACUACCCAUUUCGAUUUUGCUGACCCGCUGCCAGUAGAGUUAAAUCUUGUAGAAAGAGUCAAAUUUAUUAAGGAAACGGAAAGUACAGAGCUUAAAAUACCUGAGAAGAUGCAACUCGAUAAAGUUUUGCAAAUGCAUUCGGACGUGUUUGGGACAUCAUGUGAGCCAACACCAAAUGCGCAACACUUCAUUGACACUGGAGAUCAUGCACCAAUUUCGUUACCACCGUACCGUUUGUCUUUCCCGAAGCUGCGAGAACUCAAGGGUGAGAUAAUGAAGAUGCUUGAGAACGAUAUCAUUGAGGAAGCUGAUUCGCCAUGGUCAUCACCAGUGGUGAUGGUGCCUAAGAAAGACGGAGGCACGCGCGUUUGUGUCGAUUAUCGGAAGAUAAACUCGAUAACCAAGCCGGAUCGUACCCGUUACCCCGUAUCGACGACCUAUUACACUCUGCCAAAAGUAAACUAUCUCGGUCAUGUGCUUACAACAGACGGCAUCAAAGUCGAUCCGGAUAAAACUUCUGCAAUCACUUUAAGAAAGGAGCCUCGUUAUAUAAAGGACUUGGUCUCUUUCGUGCAAACAUGUUCCUGGUAUCGCCGUUUUAUAGAUCACUAUGCAGAAGUUGUAAAACCGCUUACAGACCUCACGAAAAAGAAUGUUGAAUGGCAAGUGGAAGACAAUGCUCCCUUCACUAUUAAAACCGAUGCGAGCGCUUAUGCAUUAGGAGCUGCUCUACUCCAGGGGGAGAAAGAAAAGGAACACCCCAUAGAGUAUGCUAGUCGUUUGCUAACAUCAGCUGAAAGGAAUUAUUCCACGACAGAACGCGAAGCUCUUGCACCAACCAUUGAAAUGGCUGUUGAGCAUGAAAACACCAACCGGUCGCCUUGCUAG